AAUGGCGGAUAAAGCAAAUUUUAGCACAAUUUCCGAACAAAGUUUCUCGAACAAAACGCUACGAAAUCUUCAGUCCGUGGUUUGUUCGCAAUUGAGAUGUGAUAUCUGUCCCACGAUGCGUUUCACAUCAUUGAAAAUGUACAACGAACAUAUAAAAUCAAAAAAACAUUUACGGAAGAAGCAUCGUAAAGAAAACGAAGGAUCGUGGUAUUGUGAAGCCUGCAAUCUAUCGUUACCCAAUGAUAACGAAUGGACAAAACAUUUGGUUGGUAAACGUCACGAUAAAUCCAUGAAAGCAAUGGCAAUAAAAGAAUAUCCAAGAAGUUGUGUUUUAACUCCUGAGGAAAUUUCUUUACUUGAUGAAGUGUUUAUUGUUGAAGAUGAUAGUGAAUAAACAAUAUUUAGUCGAGCACAAAACUCGCAAAACAAAAUGAAAAAUUUGUUUGGUUGACAAGAUUAUAAGGACAACUUAAACAGAUUACAAGAAAACAAUUUUUUGCAAUGUUUGGUGAAUAUUUAUGUUCAAAUUGAUAAGGUAACUACAGCACACAAUACAAUAAAUCUUCAAAAACAUCA